AUGUCCGACGACGAGCAGCACAACCACAACUUCGAGCAGGCCAGCGCUGGGGCCUCCACGACUUUCCCCAUGCAAUGCUCGGCCCUGCGGAAGAACGGGCACGUCGUCAUGAAAGGUCGCCCGUGCAAGAUUGUUGAGAUGUCCACCUCGAAGACCGGCAAGCACGGUCACGCCAAGGUCCACUUGGUUGGCAUCGAUAUCUUCACCGGCAAAAAACUUGAGGAUAUCUCUCCCUCCACCCACAACAUGGAUGUCCCCAACGUAUUCCGUAACGAAUACCAGCUCGUCAACAUCGAUGAUGGCUUCCUCAACCUGAUGUCCGCCGACGGCGCCUCCAAGGACGAUGUCCGUGUUCCGGAGGGUGAGCUCGGUGACCAGAUUGCCGCUGCCUUCGACGAGGGCAAGGACUUGCUCGUCACGAUUGUCAGUGCUAUGGGUGAGGAGCAGGCCAUCUCCUGGAAGGAAGCUCCCAGGGGCGCUUAG